AGCCUCGCGUCGCCAGUCAAUUCUCGAUCCUCAGAAGAAUAAGAGGGUUUAGAGUGUAGCUAUCUUAUAUAUAUCAGUGAAACACAUCUUUACUAAAAACGUUUUCAUUCACAAUCAUGAGAUCGUUAGUAAUUUUCGGUUGCGUCGUGGCCCUAGCAGUAGCCCAACGCCCUUCUUACGCAGGAACCAGCCAAAAGGUGUAUCCAGAACUACAUAGCCGUUUUAAGGACACCGAGACUUCAAACUCACAAUCCUCCGUUGACACAAAUAGUAUAGCCAACAGAAUUGGAGAAACCGAGUCACAAACUACUAUAAAAAUACCAAUAGAUGCUCGUGGAGACGAAGAAUUAGUGAAAUGGCUCAAUACAUGGCCAAGGGAGAAUAGACCUUUUUGGUUAUUAAAUGCUGAGCACAUUGAAAAAUUCAGGGAUCCUCAGGGAAGCAGGAAUAAACAACAACAAGUUCGUCUGAGGUCCUCUUUUGAUGAUGACGAUGACUUUUCUCCAUUUGAUGAUAAAUAUGUGAAGCCCACACAGUCGAGGCCGUCGUUCUUAAGCAGUUUGGGACGAUUAUAAACUUGAUUUUAUUUAGAGAGUGAUAUUAUGGGCUGUUACAUUUAUGUAUUUUUUUUUGUCAAAUUAACUGUAUUAUUGUUUAAAAUAAUAUUGUUAAAUCAUGAACUAUUUAAAGUGUGAAUAAAGUGUUUUUAUUUUUAUAUAA